AUGAUAGAAGAAGAAACACAACACACGAAUUUUACCGACGCCCAAGAAGAAAGUAAACUUGCUGAUCAAAUCAAUUCACGUUCUGAAGAGUCUCGAUCAGUCGACACACUAGCGACUAACAUCGAUUCUUCUGCUGAUUCUGAAGACAAAGUUGAUAUCAAUACAACUACUACUGCUCCCGAAGAUGACAUCAUGUCCGACGAUAAAACUCUGCGAGAAAUCCAAACAAAAGUAGAAGAAGAGUUGAUGAUUGAUAUCAAUACGACUAUUACUGCUGUCGAAGAUGAAACCAAGCACAGCGGUGAAACACUGCACCAAAUUCAACCAGAAGUGGAAGAGGAGACUUUGAUCGAUAUCGUUGAUGAAAGCAAAUCUAUAUCGACCAAUCAAACGCAAUAUGAAAUCCAGACCGAGACGUUGAUUGAUAUCAAUACCACUGUUACUUCAGAAGAUAAAACUCAACUAAAGGAGCCUGAGGAAACGUUGAUUGAUAUCAACACUGCCGCUACUACCGAAGAGACUGAAACGUUGAUCGAUAUCAAUACUAUUGAUACUACGGAAGGCGAAACGCAAAAAGAAUUUAAUAAAAAGUCGUUGAUUGAUAUUAAUACUACUGCUACUAUGGAAGACGAAACACAAAAGGAAAUUCAGACGGAGAAGACGUUGAUUGAUCUCAAUACUGAUGCUACUAUAGAAGACAAAACACAAAAAGAAAUUCAGACUGAGAAGGCGUUGAUUGAUAUCAAUUCUGAUGCUACUACGGAAGACGAAGCACAAAAAGCAUUUCAAACUGAGAAAGCAUUAAUUGAUAUCAAUACUGAUGCUACUACGGAAGACGAAGCACAAAAAGAAAUUCAGACUGAGGAUACGCCGAUGAUCGAUGUCAAUACUAUUGCUACUACGGAUGGUGAAACACAAAAAGAAAUUCAGGCCGAGGAAACGGUGACGAGUGAUGUCAAUACUACUACGGAAGACGAAACAAAAAAGGAAAAUCAAUCAAAGGAGACAGACGAGGCAUUGAUCGACAUCAAUGCUACUGUUACCACAGAAGAAACACAACAAGAGAUUCAAUUAAAGGAGACCGACGAGACGUUGAUUGAAAUCAAUGCGAUUGCUACUGCCAAAAAUGAGAUACAAGAAAUUCAACAAGAGGCUGACGAUAUAUGGACAGCUGCGGCUGUUGCUGACGGCGAAACUGUUUCCGAUGAUCAAACACAACAAGAAAUUCAAAUAGAGGAAACGUUGACUAUCGAUACCAAUACUACUGCUGGUGUGGCCACUGUCGAUGAAAUCGGUUCAUAUAAGCAAAUUCGACCAAAUGAUGCAGUAUUGAACGUUGCUGAAACUGACAUUAUAUCAGAUGAUCAGAUUUACCGUCCGCAAUUCGAGGACAAUUUGCUAGAUAGCUCACUGAUUGAUGAGCAGAAUCUAGAUUCUCCGCCUACACCGCCGAAUCUAGUUGAGUCUUCACCAAAGUCAGCCAUGUCGCCAUCAUAUUCAGCCACAACGCCAAAACCUGUCUCUCCUCCAAUCACACCCCCCCUUUUGGCCCGUUUUUGUUCAGUAUACACUCAGACCGAUCCGAUAGAUUUUGCAGAACUUGUAAAAUGGUCUAAUCGAGAUGCUGUGUCUAAUCUUUCUGGCGCUAAACCGAAAACGCCAAUGUCACCCGAAGACAGGAAAUCUCAUUUGAUCAACAUAAUACAAUCUAGCGGGAAGCCAGCCCCGGAUCAGUGGGGUGUGCCGGUUGAGAGUACUAAGCCUUCUAGUAGAUCUGCGGAUCAGCCCUCUGCGGACAGUGAUCUUUGGAGUCCUGCCUCGAACGCGAAGAAAAAUGCGGAUGAUUCUUGGGUUACUACUUCAAGUGCUAGCAAACCUAUAGAGUCUACUCCGGACGCGGAUUUAUGGGGUCUUGCUCCAGACACUAACAAAAGUGUGGAUGGUUCUUGGGGCCCUGCUAGUAAGGCUACAAAUCAACCUUCUCCGGACAAUGAUUCUUGGGGUCCUCCUACCUCAGAUACCAAGAAAAGUACGGAGAAUGCGUGGGGCACUGCUCUAUCAGCCAGUAAACCUGCGGAGCAGUCUGCUCCAGAUUCGAAUUCCUGGGGUGCUGUUUCAAAUGCCAAUAAAAAUGUAGAGGAUUCUUGGGGCCCUACUCCGUCUACUAGUAAUGAUGCUUUGAGUCCUGACAAGCAAACGUCUUCUUGGACUUCCGCUCCAUCUGCCGAUCAAAGCAACGAUCCAGGGGAGAGUGCUUGGGGUCCUGCCUCAGAUACCAAGAAAAGUACGGAAACUACGUGGGGCACUACUACAUCAGCUGGUAAACCUGCGGAGCAAUCUGCUCCAGAUGCGAAUUCCUGGGGCCCUGUUUCAAAUGCCAAUAAAAGUGUAGAGGAUUCUUGGGGGGCUGCUCCGUCUACUGGGAAUGAUGAUUCGAGUCCUGACAAGCAAGCGUCUGCCUGGACUUCCGCUCCAUCUGCUGAUCAAAGCAACAGUCUAGGGGGGAGUGCUUGGGGUGCAAAACCGGCUUCUGAUUCUAACAAUGACAAUGCUACUGAGAGUUUCGGCGAAUCAAAUGAUUGGAUGAAGCAAGCGGCCGCUUUUUCAAAAGAAUUAGGCAAUGAUGCUGGCUCGGCCGGAGGAACUUAUGAGACCAACAAUUUUGACAGUAAUACUGAUUUUCACAAGCCAUCAAAACCAGAUUGGCGUGACGAAGAACGUAGUGAGAAAGAAUUCGAUUCUAAAUUUCGUGGAGAUGGCUGUAGAAUUUGUGGUGAAGACGGACAUUUUGCUCGCGAGUGUCCUGAUAAGGCUUCUGGUUCAACAUGCUACAACUGUAAUAAGUCUGGUCAUAUAUCAAGAGACUGUCCUGAAAAAGGUCUGGAUAGCCGUUCUUGCUACAACUGUCAGAAGAGUGGGCAUUUGUCAAAAGACUGUCCUGAACGGGGUUCUUCUGAUGCUUCAUAUCAGAGACCAAAAGUUACUCCAUGGUCUAAGCACGGUCCGGCGAACAUGACAGCCGAAGAAGCUUGGAGUGCAAUGAUGACUGCAGACAGAGACAGGGACAUUGACGAUUUCAAAGAAGCAUUAGAAGAAUAUACAAAAGCAUCGCCCAGUGAGACGUUUGUAACAAUCGAGAAGAAACUUAGAGAGAAUAGAUGCAAUGCGAGACUAGUAGCAUUCCGUCGAGAAAUUCCCUUACAAAACUGUUUGAUCGACUAUCAAGGAAAUAUGGACAAAACUUACGUCAUGAAUGUCAUUAUGGGUUCUCCCGACGUUCUGCCAAAAACCGUUGGAGAGCGUCCAAAUUCAGAAGAAGAAAAUUUGCAAUGGUUAGCGGAUGCAGGAAUUUUAAAGUUUAGUCCAGAGCCUAUUUGUUAUAAUUGUGAGCAGAAAGGGCAUUUGACGAGAGAUUGUCCGGCACCUAAGAGAGAAGUCGAACGCCAUGUACCGCUUGGUUGUCAAAAUUGUGGAUCUAGUGACCAUAUGACGAAGUAUUGUAAAGAACCGAGAUCUGACUCUCAAUACGAAGCGCGUGGUCGAAAAGGCGAAUCGAGCAGAUCUGGAGAGGACGACUGGAAUAAAUCAUCAUUUUCUAUGGACAGUGGUGGAUUUGAUGACAAGGGACGGGGCCGAACUCGUUCAAAGCCAGUUCAGACAUGCCACAAGUGUAAAGGCGAGGGACACAUAGCCAGAGAAUGCACAGAAAGUGGGGGCGACAACUAUCGCCGUAAUAAUAGUAGAGAUGAUGAAAAUGAUGAGUACAGUUCUCGUCGUAACAAUAGUUACGGCCAUGAUCGUAGUAAUAGUUACAAAAACGAUAAUUACGGCAAUGAACAAGGUUUUCGCAGUAGCGGUUACAAAGAUGAUAGUUAUGGCAAUGAACAAGGUUUUCGCAGUAGCAGUCACAAGGAUGAUAGUUACGACAAUGAACAAGGAUUUCGCAGUAGCAGUCACAAAGUUGAUAGUCACAGCAAUGAACGAGGUUUUCGUAGUAACAGUUACAAAGAUGAUAAUUACGGCAAUGAACGGGGAUCUCGCCGUAACAGUCGUAGAGAUAGUAGUUAUGGAAAUGAUUACGAUCAGGGACCUCGCCGCAACAGUCGUAGAGAUGAUAGUCGUAAAGAAGAUGAUUACGAUCGAGGAUUAUAUCGUAGCCAGGACUUCGAUUCGAACGGCCAGGGACCUCGUUAUGAUCGCGGAGAUGAUAGAAGCGGUUAUAAGGGAUCUCGUUAUGAUGACAAUUAUGGACACGGUCAUGAAGGCUCGAGCUAUGAUAAUCAUGCCGACAGUUAUAAAAGCGAUAAUCACAGAAAUCGUCACAAAGAAGAUUAUGAUAGUGGCCAUGCGUAUCGGCGGGAUUCGGAUAAGGGAGAUCGCGGAAGAUCAUCAUCGCACUCUUCCCACAGGUCCUCUAAUCGAUAUAAGAAAACGGACGCAGAAUGGCAAGCAGGGGGGGCAACAGCCCGACUUGAUAUAAAUGAUAGUUGGGGUUCGAGACCACAACAGCCUUCGAGUACGAAUUCGCAAUGGGACUCGAACUACAGCAACGCUAAGAAUGAGAGCUGGGGAAGCAACAAAGGUGGUAGCCAUAGCAGCUUUUUGGACCGUGGUAAACAAAACGAAUGGAACACGUACGAGAAUAAAGAGGAUGAUUAUUCGUUUAAUCGUGGGAGGAACCAGCAAAGGAACACGUACGAGCGUAAAGAGGAUGAUUUUGCGUUUACUCGUGGGAGGAACCAGCAAAGGAACGCAUACGAGAGUAACGAGGAUGAUUUUUCGUAUAAUCGUGGGAGAAACCAGCAAAGGGACGCGUACGAGAGUAAAGAGGAUGAUUUUUCGCUUACUCGUGGGAGAAACCAACAAGCCAAGUUGGGUCGGGGUAAUGUCUUUGAACAAGAAGGACGGGAUAGUUAUGAACCCAGGAGGAAAACUAGUAGGGAUGAGCAUCCAUCAUUAGUUGACGAAGCGUGGUGGUAG